AUGGCUCUACCAAUCUUUGAUUCUGCCCUACGUGGUUUAAAUUUCGUCUUUCUAGUUAUUGUCCUUGGUUUAACUGGGUCAUUAAUUGCUGGUCAAGAUCAUAAAAAUCCUCAAGUUAAUUUUGCAUUAUUUGCUGCAGUAUUUGGUUUAGUACUUAAUUCAUUUUAUGGUUUAAUUGCAAAUUUUGUUUCAUUCUUAGCUUGGCCAGUAAUUUUAUUCAUUAUAGAUUUCUUAAAUCUUGUCUUUACAUUUGCUGGUGCAACUGCUUUAGCUGUUGCAAUUAGAACUCACUCAUGUACUAAUCAAGAUUAUUUGGAUAAUAACAAUGUUGCUCAAGGUUCAACUGAUCGUUGCAGAAAAGCUCAAGCUGUUGUUGCUUUCUUAUAUUUCUCAUUCUUUGUGUUUUUAGGUACUUUUGCUUUCUCUGCUGUUGGUUUAAUUAGUGGUGGUGCUUUUGGUUCAAGUUCAAAAAGAAGUGCACCAAAAACUGGUAUUCCAACCAUUUCAACUGUUUAG